GUUUUAUUUUGGUUUUAUUCAUUAAAUGCUUAGUAACGGAUCCAGGAACCGUAUGCUUGGAUUUUGUUUUUAUUCAUUGCCGUGUAUUUGUUUUUUUUUGUUGGACGCAAGAGCCAAGUUGCUACGCGCCCUAACCCACAGGCCACAACAACAACACAACGUGUAUUUUUUUUUAAUGCUUGGUAAAUAAUUCAAGUUCUCUUUCUAUUUGAGGAAAAUUGUGAAUAAUUACUAACAUCAGAUGUUGUAGGCGAUAUAUGCCCCAAUGCAGUGGCUAUUACAAUUGCCAGUACCAUGUUGCGACCCUUGGCCCUACAAGGCGCUUUGAAAUAAUCUGUGAUGAUUUAAUCUGAAUCAGCAAGGUCAUAAUCUAAUGAUAAAAUAAGUAAAUUACACUGAUCAACAGCCAAAAAUGUACAGAGAGUUGAGCAUUCGUUUCUACCUAAUUCGAGGCCGCUGAUUCCAAAUCUGGUCACCGUUUUGUCCCAUCGGGCUCAGUUUUUUGUCUGGCACAUACUGAUGCCUUAAAUUCUCACUUUUUAUGCAUUGUUAUUGGCCUAUUGUAGAUAUCCUUAGAUCUAGAUUAUAUAUCUUUUUAAUCCAUAUUUACCACAGCCAGGCAACACAGAUGAGCACAAAACUAUUGAAUUUGUUGGAACAGAAAUGUAUAUCACACAUCACAGCGCAAUGUAGGUAAUCACAUAUUGUACAAUCACGGCAAAGUGCAAUCAACCAACGGUAUGGUCAUCCAUCUGUGCUACCUCUCGACCACACAGAAAAUCGGUUAUCAGCAUGCCUUCACUUCCUACAUUAGCUAAGAUUGCUGGCUGUGGAGCUUUACUGGUCAGCGGAGCCUUCUCCUUCACACAAUGGAAAAUAGAGGAGGGCCUGAAGAGUGGCGCCUGGUACACUGAGUCGAUGCGUCUGUUGCGGGCCCACCGCGGCGCCGCUGGUUUGCUCGGAGAACCGAUAGUCGACGGCAGGCUGGACCUGGGCAGCAACGACACCAACUUCUGUGAUCAGACACGAGCCCAGUUUCGCGUGCCCGUCAAAGGUCCGAAGCAGAAGGGCUACCUGCACCUUUGGGCGUCUCGUGCAGACGGUGCGUGGACCGUAAACCGGUUGGAGCUGGAGCUGGCGACAGAUGCCAGUCGGAAGCUGCUGGUACACUCCAACGAGGACCCUCCGGUGGCGGCCCAGACUGAGACUCCCUCUGCGACCUCUAUGGUAGAGACGCCCGCCGGGGCGGCCGAACCAGAGGCGGCUAGCUGAUGGCCGAGGCUGGUGGAGAAGCCAGAAGGGACUGAUCCACAGGACGGCGGUAGGUACGGUGUCUGUAGUGAGCUUACAAGACAGCUCAGUGCCAGUUCGGGUGGGGAGGGCUCUCGCUUUUGCUAGGACUGGUCGGUGUCCCUGCCCAGAGCGCCGCUGGCGGCUGCCACGGAACGAUACGUGCAUCGGCGAGCGUUGGUGGCGCUGUGCUCAAUGUUUGGCUCGAAGGGGCUCACCUUAGGCGCUCGCCAGCCCGUUAGUUGUUGAACUGAGGGUGGUGAGUCGCACAGUCAGAUGUAUGUCCACGGGAUGCUAACCUAAGUCAGCACAAGUUACCAGAGCGGCUGACAGUGUUCAUUUUCGUACUAGGCUGUGUUCAAAGCGUACUGUCUGUUGCAAUAGUGUUAUUGCGCGCGAGAGGAUCGUGUGCGCCUUGUCUCGAAGCAGACAUGCUGUUAAACCAUGUGUAGCAAAGCAUGUUCUUGCAAGAGUUACUGUGAUAAGCACGUAACCUGAUGUUUACGCGGAGUUUAAUGGCGUUGAUCGAUUAAGAAUGGACAAGAGGCUUAAUUGCUGACCGAUACUGGUUUAAAAGAGCCGUCUAACAGGUGACAAUGACAUCACAUACGAUCUUAUGUUUGCCAGUAGACGGUGAAUAAAUUUCACUUGUCUGCG